AUGAAAUUACGUUCACAUGAAAUUCUUUCAAAUCAUAUAAAUAAAAAAUCUAUAUCAACAAAAAAAUCAUCAUGUUUAAAAAAAUUAUUUCAUGGAAAAAAUUUUUUUAAAAAGAAAAAAAUUUCAUCAACAAUAACAACAACAUCAUCACAUGAAUCUGGUAAUCUUCUACAUGAUAUUCCUGAUUAUGUUCGAAAAAGUAUUCUUCGUUAUUUGCUCGAGUCUCCUCCUCCUCAUUCUUCUUCUUCUUCUCCGUUAAUUAUUCAGCAAAAUUCACCAUCACGAAAUAUUCGACCACCAUUAAUGGGUAUUCAAGCAUUGAAAAAUAAAAAACAACAUCAUCGUCAUCAGACAAAACGUCCAUUACGAACAAGACCUCAACCUAUUAUUGAUAAUAAUAAAUCGUUAGAGGAUUAUCAAACACAAAAUAAUUAUGAUAUGACUAUUUUACAUAUGAAUAUUGAUGAUGAUAAUGAUGAUAAUUCAAUAUUUGCUACGAAAACAAGUACAUAUCAGAAAAAACCUAUUCCACAAUGGGCAAGAAAAAAUGAAUUACAAAUAGCUAUGUGUAAUCAAAUUUAUUUUCAUCGUAAUCCAAGUGAAAUAUUUGGUAAUACAAUUGAUUGUUCACCAGCACAUUUACGUACAAUACUUCAUUCAAUGUUACCUAAUGUACAAUUAAUAGAUGAUGAUCUACAACAAACAACAUCAAUACCUAUGAAUAGUAAUAAAUCAAUAUUGGUCUGA